UUGCCCAGCCCAGCUUGGGUCCCAAAGCCCGGCGGCGGCGGCACUCGUGGCUGGCCUCCUGCUGCUGCCUCUCCCGCCAUGGUCCUCCCAAGGCUCUGCCUGAGCUUCCUCCUGCUCUUCCUCCUCUUGGGCUGCAGGACCAAGGCUCAGCAAGAAGAAGGAGGAGAAGGAGGAGGAGAGACUCCGCUCAGGACGCUGCAGCUGGAGACGCUGGUGGAGGUCCCUGGCGGCUGCGCAGAGCCCUCGGCGCUGGGAGACACCCUCCGCAUCCAUUACACGGGUACCCUUGAAAAUGGUCAUGUUAUCGAUACCUCACUUUCCCGUGACCCACUGGUGGUGGAGCUGGGCAAAAGACAAGUCAUUCCAGGCUUGGAACAGAGUCUUUUGGACAUGUGUGUUGGAGAGAAACGAAGAGUCAUCAUCCCACCUCACCUGGCAUAUGGCAAACGAGGCUCACCACCUGCUAUCCCAGCUGAUGCUGUGCUGCAGUUUGAGGUGGAGCUAGUAGGACUCUCCAGAGCCAGCUACUGGCAGAAGAUAUUCAAUGACGUGCUGCCGUUGGUCUGCAUUGGGCUUGUUCCAGCCCUCUUAGGGCUCAUUGGCUACUACCUCUACAAAAAAGCACAGACACCCCGUGUGUCCAAGAAGAAACUCAAAGAGGAGAAAAGAAACAAGGCCAAGAGGAAAUAAAGCUGUUUCUACUACCCUUUUUUCAAUA